AUGGUCGCUAUCAUGCAAAUUGGAGUUGCUGCAGGUCUUGUGUUUGGCUUUGCUUCUCACACACUCGCUCUUUCACCAAAUUCUGGCGAUACUUCUCUCACUCUAAGGUCUGAGCUUGAAGAAGGUGCAUUCAUGCUACUCCCUGAGAGGAGUGAUGAAGCGAUUCAGGAACGGGAUUCUAUGCUCAAUGCUCAGCUUGAGGAGCGCGAGCUGGAUGUUCGUGGCAAAAUCCCCAAGCCCAAACCUAACCCGAACCCUCCUCGUCCUGCUCCUCCUGCCCCAACCCGCCGUCCCCGCGAUAUAGACGAACGCGACUUGGACAUCGGGACUAUGGGCCUAUCUCGCCGCGGUAAAAUUCCUAAACCCAAGCCUAAUCCGAACCCUCCUCGCCCGGCUCCUCCUGCGCCCACCCGUCGGCCUCGGUUCUAUGAUGAGGAAGAAUUAAUGGUUCGCGAUUUCGAUAUGGACGUCGUGGGUUUGUCUCGACGCGGCAAAAUUCCCAAACCUAAGCCUAACCCGAACCCUCCUCGCCCGGCCCCUCCAGCCCCAACCCGCCGCCCUCGUGCCUACCUUGAUGAUAAUCUCAAAGUACGCGAGCUACUCAGCAAUCUCAUGAAACGGGAACUUGAUCGUCGAGGGAAAAUCUCAAAGCCUAAACCAAAACCCUCGCCUGUCCGUCCUAGCCCUCCUGCACCAACCCGCCGGCCACGAUUUUACGAUGACAAGGAGCUUGAGGAACGUGAUGUUUACCCAGACACCGAGGCUCUUGGGCUUUCUCGACGCGCCAAGAUUGUUAAGCCCAAGCCUAACCCGAACCCCCCUCGCCCAGCUCCUCCUGCGCCGACUCGUCGCCCCCGAUUCUACGAUGAUGGAGAGCUUCAAGCCCGCGACUUGAAAAUGGAGAUGAUGGGACUAUCCCGACGAGGAAGAAUUCCCAAGCCCAAGCCCAACCCUAAUCCUCGCCCUGCACCCCCUACUCCAACCCGUCGUCCCCGAAGAUCUGUGGAAUAG